CGAGCAGAGGGCAGCUCGUGGCUGUUGACUCGACUAGAGGCAGAGAUGGCUGCAACCAGUGCUCAGCCAAUGGGGAGCCUGCCCAGCGGACUGGGGAUCUGCACCACGGCGCCGGACGUCUUCUACCUGCCUGAGCUGGUGUUCGGCGGUUUGGUUUGGAUCCUGGUGGCGUCGACCCACGUGGACCCUCCGAACCCUCUGGGCUGGGUGAUGUUCGUCUCCGUGUUCUGCUUCGUCAUGACCUUCCUCUGGACGUCCAUCUUCGGCGCUGGAGGUCACAGGAACAGCUCCGGCUGGGCUGCUGCUGACUUUGCGUACCACGGCCUGGCGGCGUUCUUCUACCUCAGUGCAGGAGUGGACUUGGCCUACAUGACCGUCCUGAGUAAAGACACCAAGACACUGAAAAUCUACCGGAUCGACAUCGCUGCUGUGGUGUUCUGCUUCCUGGCCACGCUGCUCUACUUCAUCCACGCCAUCCUCUCGGCCAUCCGGUGGAAAAACUUUUGAAGACCACAGAUCUGCCUGAAUACUGCUCAUCUCCUCAUGUGUCCGUGUGUUUGUGUGUGUGUGAAUGUGUAAAUGUGUGUGUGUGUGUGUGUGUGUGUUUAACCACUUUUUGUGGAGGUUGAGACUUUUUUUAAAAAUUUAAAUCUUACAGGAAAGAAUGUUGAUUGAUCUUCUAGAAAUGUCACGCUGUGUGUAAAGAGUAAACGAUCAAUGAAGUGCCGUCACUAUUGUUUCACCACAAAUCCUUUCCAGCCACUGAUCAUUUAUUAUAUUUGACAGAUUGCCUCAUUUAUGAAAACAAUCUUUUUAGAUAAUUAGAUUUUAUUACUGCAGACUGAGAUUAAAUGCACACGAUUAGAAAUUAGCAAUAAAUCUCAUAUUUUAUGUUUCUUGUUAUCUGUGUUGAAAAUGUUCAAAUAUUCUGUCUGGACUCAAACAACAAACAUGAGAAGUUGUUGAAGAAGCUGUUUUUUCUUUUCGUAUUACACGUAUUUCAGAAAAUGAACCAACUAGAUGAGUUCAUGUUGAAGGAUUCACUUUGUAUAGUUUUGCCAUAUUUUGUAUUCUCGAGAUUAAAACACGAAACUGAUGCACGUU